GGCCGCAGGGAGGGGUGCGGAGUGUGUGUGUUGAGGGGGGCGAUCUGAAUAAUUGAGGAGCUGUUCAGCAACAGCGGCUGCCUUCUAUCUUCCUUUGCCACUAGCACCGCGCAUCACAGUGGAAGAGACAGAGCCCGGAGCUUUUACGUCCGGACCGCCAGCCACCAGCCCCGGUAGCCAGUUCAUCACCUUCAGCCCUCGGACAUUCAUGCCCAGGAGAAAGCUUCUUUGGGUCCCUCUGGACCUUUCCUGAAAGAGAGAUCCUUGAGCACUAGAUGAGUUCCAGAAGCAUCCACUAAAGGCUUCCAUAGCCCUCUUCCAUCAGUUGACCUUCACCGUAAACUCCCAGGAUGAGUGGCUUCCUCGCCUCCCUGGACCCCCGGAGGGUGCAGUGGGGGGCUGCCUGGUAUGCCAUGCAUUCCAGGAUCCUACGCACCAAACCAGUGGAGUCCAUGCUGGAGGGAACCGGGGCCACCACAGCACAUGGCACCAAACUAGCCCAGGUGCUCACCACCGUGGACCUCAUCUCACUUGGCGUUGGCAGCUGCGUGGGCACUGGGAUGUAUGUGGUGUCCGGCCUGGUGGCCAAGGAAAUGGCAGGACCUGGAGUCAUUGUGUCCUUCAUCAUUGCAGCUGUUGCAUCCAUAUUAUCAGGUGUUUGCUAUGCAGAGUUUGGAGUCCGCGUCCCCAAGACCACGGGGUCAGCCUACACCUACAGCUACGUGACUGUCGGGGAGUUUGUGGCAUUUUUCAUUGGCUGGAACCUGAUCCUGGAGUACCUGAUUGGCACUGCGGCCGGCGCCAGUGCUCUGAGCAGCAUGUUUGACUCGCUGGCUAACCACACCAUCAGCCGCUGGAUGGUGGACAGCGUGGGAACCCUCAACGGCCUGGGGAAAGGUGAGGAAUCAUACCCGGACCUUCUGGCUCUGGUGAUCGCGGUCAUCGUCACCAUCAUCAUCGCGCUGGGGGUGAAGAACUCUGUGGGCUUCAACAACGUCCUCAACGUGCUGAACCUGGCCGUGUGGGUGUUCAUCAUGAUAGCAGGGCUCUUCUUCAUCAAUGGGAAAUACUGGGCUGAGGGCCAGUUCCUGCCCCACGGCUGGUCAGGGGUGCUGCAAGGAGCAGCCACGUGUUUCUACGCUUUCAUUGGUUUUGACAUCAUUGCCACCACCGGAGAGGAAGCCAAGAAUCCCAAUACGUCCAUCCCUUAUGCUAUCACUGCCUCCCUGGUCAUCUGCCUGACAGCAUAUGUAUCUGUGAGCAUGAUCUUAACUCUGAUGGUGCCAUAUUAUGCCAUCGACACGGAAUCCCCACUCAUGGAGAUGUUUGUGGCUCAUGGGUUCUAUGCUGCAAAAUUCAUAGUGGCCAUUGGGUCGGUUGCAGGACUGACAGUCAGCUUGCUGGGCUCCCUCUUCCCAAUGCCACGGGUCAUUUAUGCCAUGGCUGGUGAUGGGCUCCUUUUCAGGUUUCUGGCUCAUGUGAGCUCCUACACAGAGACCCCAGUGGUGGCCUGCAUCGUGUCGGGGUUCCUGGCGGCUCUCCUCUCGCUGUUAGUCAGCCUGAGGGACCUGAUAGAGAUGAUGUCCAUUGGCACACUCCUCGCCUACACCUUGGUCUCUGUCUGCGUCUUGCUCCUCCGAUACCAACCAGAGAGUGACAUCGAUGGUUUUGUCAAGUUCUUGUCUGAGGAGCACACAAAAAAGAAGGAGGGCAUUCUGGCUGACGGUGAGAAGGAAGUGUGUUCUCCUAUGAGUGAAGGGGAAGAGUUUUCCAGCCCCGCCACCAACACAUGUGGGGCCAAGAACUUACCGUCCUUGGGAGACAAUGAGAUGCUCAUAGGGAAAUCAGACAAGUCGGCCUACACUGUUAACCACCCCAACUACGGCACUGUGGACGUGACCACAGGCAUAGAAGCCGAGGAGUCUGAAAACAUUUAUCUCAUCAAGUUAAAAAAACUGAUCGGGCCCCGUUACUACACCAUGAGGAUCCGGCUGGGCCUUCCAGGCAAAAUGGACCGUCCCACGGCCGCGACAGGGCACACGGUGACCAUCUGCGUGCUCCUGCUCUUCAUCCUCAUGUUCAUCUUCUGCUCCUUCAUCAUUUUUGGUUCCGACUACAUCUCAGAGCAGAGCUGGUGGGCCAUCCUUCUGGUUGUUCUGAUGGUGCUGCUGAUCAGUGCCCUGGUGUUUGUGAUCCUGCAGCAGCCAGAGAACCCCAAGAAGCUGCCCUACAUGGCCCCCUGCCUCCCCUUUGUGCCUGCCUGCGCCAUGCUGGUGAACAUCUAUCUCAUGCUAAAGCUCUCCACCAUCACCUGGAUCCGGUUUGCUGUCUGGUGCUUUGUGGGUAUGCUCAUUUAUUUUGGGUACGGCAUCUGGAAUAGCACCCUGGAGAUCAGCGCCCGAGAAGAGGCCCUGCACCAAAGCACAUACCAGCGCUACGACGUGGAUGACCCUUUCUCUGUGGAGGAGGGUUUCUCCUACGCCACAGAGGGUGAGAGCCAGGAGAACUGGGGUGGGCCGGCUGAAGACAAAGGCUUCUAUUACCAACAGAUGUCAGAUGCGAAGGCAAACACCCGGACAAGUAGCAAAGCGAAGAGUAAAAGCAAACACAAACAGAACUCCGAGGCCCUGAUUGCAAACGAUGAGUUAGAUUACUCUCCAGAGUAGGGGAAAACACACGAGAAGUGUAUAGAAAUGGUGGUGAUUUAUUUCCAGUAACUUAACCUGUGGGCUAGAAGGUGAAAACUUUUUUGCCUCUCAUUUCAAAACUCCAGCAUUCCCCAACGUCAUAGCCUGUCAUUUGCUACUUUUGCUCUUCAGGGUAGUUCUGUCAAAGGGUUUAACCUGGGUCCCCUCACUGGUCCCCUUGUAAACAACAAAAACUAAAACUAAACAAGAGGCUACAAAACAUUCUAUCUUAGGGCAACCGUCAGAGCUGAUGGCAGCAGAUGUUUCCUAGAUCUUUGCUUUGCUGGUUGAAUCUUUUUGCUUCUUACUGAGAUCCCCAGAAGCAAGGAGCAAACAUGUUGGAUCACACUGAGACUGAGCUCCUCCAGGAGAUGGGCCAAAGCAGGUGUGUGUGGGCACAAGGCAGCAUUUCUACCACCUGAGACCACAAGGGCAAAGCUCUAUGCUCAACAUGGCUGAGAGCUGCUCCCCAAGGGUGGGCGGGUGGCAUUGGCACUGCCUCAGCAAGCAACACUGUUCUGAAAUUGCACAAAAACACAUUCAUGGAAAGAUACAUGCUUCUUUUUAUUUAUCAACAUCUCCAAACUGUAACUUUGGGGUCCAGCAAAGGUCAAGGACUCUGAGACCAUUUCCCCUAAGGUUUCAGACGCACCAGAAAGCACUCAUGCAGACCCAGUAAUGUGGUGAGAAGCACCAUCUAAGCUCUCCUUCAAUGAUCAGGAGAAAAAAGGAAAUAACUAUCUCUUGCAGUGAAGGUCAGAAGGGCAUUGGCAGAAACUAACUCUCUGUCAUGUCUUCUCUUAUACCGGACUCUAAGCUCCUGCUGAUAUAAUGAAAGAGGGCAAAGUUGGAGCAUGAUUUCAUGGCACUAAUAUGCCUUGAAGAAGGAGGCUGUUUGUUUCAUAAUCAGAUAAAAAUCUUUACAAGGAGAAGUGACCCAGCCACUGAGAUCACAUUGCAAAUUCUAUUUCAGAUUUCUAAAAUUAUAAUUUCUGUAGCUUUUUGAGAUAUGCCACCACUUGAUUGGUGGAUGCUACUCUGAAAACAGAAAUGUUGAAGCACAGCUUCUUAGGUAAUGGCAUUCCAGGAGAUCACAUUUCACUUCUGAAACUUACUCUCCUGGAGUAGCUCACUUUUAGCCAUGUAUUUUUCCUGCUAAUUCCCUGAGCAGUUUCACUGAAGCUCAGACAAAUAUCUACCUGGUAUGGUCUACAUCUGGGCCAUAAGGGAGACUCUUAAAGGAAUUUUCUCAGAAACAAGCUAGAUGAGAGAAACUGCAACAGAAAAAAAUGUAUCUAUAAAUUCUCCUCUCGGGUUACAGGGAAUCCAGCGCGGCACUGAGAUACGUACACAUAUGUGGAAGGGCUCCCUUGGGUCAAACUAAAAUCUUUGUGAGAAUUUCAUGAACGGGAGGCAAAGUAGCAAAUUCCUUGCUCUCUCUCUCUCCUGGAUCUAGCAUUAUGCCAAAAGUGUUCCAGAAUACAUGGACUAAUGUGUAAGUUUAUUCUUUCUUACAGGUGAGGCUAGUGCCGUCUUGGCACAUUUUAGGAUUAUAGAGAGAGGCACACAUCCAUUUUUUCACUCAACUAACACUGAUUGAGAUGUCCCAAGUGCUAAGUGAUGGCAAUAAAAAGAUGUGUGACAUCUGCCCUGGGAGGCUCACAGUUCAGAGAAUGGGCAGAACUGGAGCCUGUUAACUGUAGAUAAAACAGCUGAACCUGACAGGUCCCGAUGGGUGAUGCACUGGCUGUAACAUAGGAUAAAAGAAAACAGUUGGAACUAUAUUUUAAUAUGCUUUUAAAUAAAUUGCAUCUCAUACCCAUAGCCAAUGUAUGCCAUUUAAAUUCCAAUAAUUACUAUUUUCUAGAUCUUCUUUUUCAUGCCUCUAUAUUAAUUGUUUAUAACUCUGGUUUCCUGAGGUCAUUUUAAUGUGAUGUUUGGCAAUGCCAUGUUUUCUCUCCCCUGAAUUUAACCAUAAAGACACAGUACCUAGUCUGUAAAAUACAUCCUUGAGGAUUAAUUAUAAACUAAUUAUCAAUAAUUUGGAUGAAAAUGAAGUUUUGAAUGGGGUGGGGCUGUAUUCAUUAAAAGUGUUUAAAGAGAAAUAUGAAUGCAAAAUAACAAAAUCUUAAUGUGGGUGAAAGAGCUUCCUUUUACUAGUGAGGUUUAGGUGUUACAGUAAUAGCGGUCGGGUGGCAGAUGCAUGCAAUUUCUGUAGCAUGAGAAGAAAGAGCACAUGCUUUGGUAAACACCAUUGGUAGUGAUUUCGUGAAGAUUCUAUGAACCACUCUUAUUUCAGGAGUCUCUUCUAUAAUCUUUUUAAGCUUUGCUCUCUUUAGUCCUCUAAAGUUGUUUACUCAUCUCCCUAGCAACCUUGGCUUUAAAAAAAAAAAAUGAGUCAAUAUGUUAGAAAAAGGUUAUUUUAAGGUAAAUAGGUAUAUUUUUCUUCAUGUUGCGCAGCCUCUGUGAAACAAUCCCGGAUUUCACAAUGCAGUUUUCAAAAUACCAUCAAUCUAGAAUGAUUUUAUUAGUGUUUCCUAAUAAUUUUCUUAAGACCACAUUUGUGAAACCACCUUAAACAUAAGAUCGCCUUAUAAAUAAUUACCAUAGAAACUUAGCCCCCUUGAAAGGAGUACAAGGAAGAUGUACAUUUUCGAAUUCUCUAUGGCAAGAGCUCUUCCAGCGAGGUUUCAUCGUGUAGAUUUGGGGUUUGGAGACAAUUGUUUGAUUUUUUUUCAUUGUAGUCUAUAUAUUGGUACUCUGCUUUGUCUCAAAAGGACUUGAGGUGGCUAUAAAAUUACAUGUAAUACGAAAAAAUUAAGUGAAAAUAGAAAGGAGCUUAGGGAAAACAGAAAGGAUAAAACAAAGCUGAAAGUGUGUUUAGCGUACAAUGCAGAACCUUGCUCUGCAUUGCUAAUUGCCAGUGAGGGGGCAACUUGAAAAAUAAUGCAGUUGUUGGUAAUGACAGGAACAAGUACUCCCGAAUGAUAAGAACAAAUCUUUCCCCAUUAGUGCAGAGAAUUGCAAUAGCAUAGAUUAUUGAAACCCACAGAUAAGCUUCAGACCUGGAUUUUGCCAGGUACAGAUACCUGGUGUAUAGUGAAUGUUCACUAAAUAUCUGAUGAUCGGAUGAAUGAAAGGAUAGAUAGGUUGAUGGAUGGGUGGAUGAAAGAAAAAAUGAAAUAUCAUUUAUUCAACAGUCUUUUGUGGAGUGCUUCUUAUGUGCUAUGGCAUAAGAAAUAGGGGAAACAAGAUGAAUAAAUAAAGAGCAAUAGUGAAAGUGACACGUGAGAUGAGGGAGUCAUAAUGUGCCAUAGGGGUUCAACUAUGGAAAGGACCUCCUUCGAUUGGAAGGAAAGACCAUAGAGAAUGCAGCCCUUGUGUCGAGCCUCGUGGAAUGGGCAGAAUUUUGUUGGGUAGAAACGGGGGUAGGCUUGCUAAGUGGAGUGUCAGCAUGAGUAAGGUGUAGACUAUGUACUGUGCCUCCUUCCAGGAAAAGCAAGAAGCUAGUCUGACAGGAGCUUAUGAUUUAUGAAUGACUUAUAUAUGGAACAGUAAGCAAUCAUGCUGAGAAAGCAGGUUAGGGCUCACCCAUAGAUAGACGUCAACAAAGAAAUGAGCUGGCUGGCUCUCCUUGGGUGGGGACGCACUGAAGAAAUGAUGAAAGUAUGAAUCAGGGAAGGCUGGACUUUCAGAAGCUGGGGCCAUGCCUUUAUCUGCCUAUUCAAGGAGCUAACAAAUCACAUGCACACCCCAAGUUGAUUUAACAUAUUACAGGGGAAAAAAUAUCCAUACUUACAGCAAUUUAUGAUUCUUCCUUUGAGUCCUGUGUCUGAUUUGACCGUUAACCUAGGAGAAGCAUAGGCAUUUAACAUGUGGACAAACAGUGCAAAGUUAUUUGCAGCCACCUCAAAUUUUUCAACAAUAAGUUUAAACAACCAAAGCUAAUAAGUUCUUAUUAAUAUAUCGAUCUUAUCUAAACAGUAAAACCUUGGCUCAAGAUUUUACUCAGCUGGAGUGCAAGUCCACUUUGAACCAGUGAAAGGAAUGGAAUGAUAGAAUUAGGUUAAGAAUCCAGUUCUACUUCUUAGUAACUAACUAAUAUCUAAUCAAAUGUGUACAUAAUAGUCAUGAUGAGCCUGUUUAAAUAAACAGGAAAGAAAGUUAUUGGAUUUAAUGAUCCCUCCUCUGGAACCUAUGGGCUAGUCAGCAUGUAAACCUAGUAUGUAUUGGGAAACAAAACACAGAUUCCUGUAAAGAAAUAUCUUUUCCCUAUUCUCCUGAAAAGAGUUGAUAAACUUGACCUCCUCUACAACACACUUGUUGGAAGGAAGUCUACCUUACAAGGGAUUGCCUCUUCUCUGCAUUGUAAAGAGAAGUUACAAGAGUUUGAGAAUCAGCCUCAAAGACGAGAGGCAAUUCCCACCAGCUUUUACCAAGAUCCUGAGAGGUCAGUGGAAGCCCACUGACAGUCAAAUACCUAUCUCAGAAGAGAAAAUCUUGUUAGGUGGAGAAGUCAGAAAUCGGGGAAUGGGUCUGAAGCCAGAGCUGGGGUCAGCUCUCUGAGUCCAGUGGCAGUUAACGGUCCACUCUUGGAUUUAAGCCUUCAGGUUAGUGAGCAAUCCACAGACGACCUUCUUUUCUUAUGCUUGUGGGGAGAGGGAGUGCAAAGGAAACGCACACUCCAAAGUUGGCCGUGAGGUCUGCAUGACAGCACUCCAUUUUCAUGCCAUUUGGAACCAGACUGGUCAAAGAGGGUGAUUCUAUCCAAAAUUUUUACAAAGCCUAGGUUUCCCUUGUAUGCAUGUAACCUCUCUGACACUAGGGACCUGUUUGUCUACCAGGACCCUUGGGAGUCAGAGAGAGAGAGAGAGAGAGAGAGAGAGAGAGAACGCCAGGAUGCUGUUUUACCACAGAAUUUAUUUACUUCAUAUUUCUCUGUUGGAAUGGUGAUGGGUAGCAAAAAGUCCCUUUCAUGUACACAAUUGUUGUCCUACUUUUAUUUUCUCUAGAGGAGAGGCUGUUGUGAUUUCCCUCCCCGCCCCCCUUAGGAGCAACUUUCUUUUUAAAACGCUUUUCUCUUCUUAUUCAGCUUGAGUAACACAUGCAUCUGUCUGAAUACCUAGGCAGUUGCCUUUUGCCAAAAUUACUUCUCCAAGAAAAUGUUCUCUUUCUUUAAGAAUUUAAAGCCCAAAAGGGAUUAGUGGAAGUUUUGAAGCCCAUCAAAAAUGAACAUGUAUUCUGCAGUAUCAAAUAGAAUAGUGUUAGAAAUCACUAAACAGUAUUCUACAUGCAUGGAAUUACAAAAUUCAUAUAGGACUUUCACAAAGACAGCUUUGGGCUGAAGUCUUCUGAAAGUAGCUAGCUCUAAUUCCUUACUCUUUGAGAACGGUUAGUGCAUUUUGGUACAAUAACGAAUGGAAAUGGCUUUGUAUUCAAAGUAGGAAGCAGAGGCAGCAUAGAUUCUUUCAUUAGGGACUCCUUCAGUGCUUUUUAUUUCUUCUCUAUUACAUUUUCAUGACAUUGAACUGGUAACACUGGCUAAAGGGAAUUGUGGGUUAUGUGAACUUCCCAGAAAGUGCAGACUACGAAGGAUUGUGUUCAUUCCGAUAUUGGGAUGAGGAGACUGUUCCUUGCACAUCUCCUCCUAAUUGGUCUUGGCAGUUGCCGAUACACUUGUCUCACACUCUCAAAGGAGAGAAUCUACACUGGAAACCAUAAACCCCCACUUUCCAAAGCAAGGACACUGAUAAUGCUACGAUGGCACAUAAAUACCUCAACUGUCUGGGCUGCAGAAGGGGCUGCAGGUUUUUAAGGGAGCAGCUGUUGUUCUCAUCCCAUGUAGUUACACCAUCUAACAACAGGACGUGACAUUCUAGCUUUUUCUCACUGUGGAAAAGAAAGGUUACUGUGUAAUUCAUAUCCAAAGUUGUAAGUACAGUUUGUAAAUUUUACUUACUUGUUUCAUUUUUGUUUGGUCCUUGAGAAGUACAACUUGCUUUUUACAGCUGGUAAUUUCUGGUGUCAGUCUCUGAUACACAUAUAUAUAUAUUUUGGUAUGAAAUUGCUGUGUUUGUUAGUUUGUUCGUUUUGUGGUUUUCAAUUCCCAUUGGUGCACUGUACAAUGGGGUGUUGUAGUGUAUCAUGAGGAAAGAAAUAAUAUGAAGAUAUGUUAUGGAGUAUGUUUAAUUUUAAAAUGACUGUGGUGUUGACAAUAUAUUGAUUUACAAAGAUAGUAAGGGAAAAUUCUAAAUUUACCAAAAUGUGUAUAUUUUAAUAAAUGCAUAAAGCUUUA